GUGGAGGUCUACGACCGCUUCAGCGAGAAGACGGGCACGGUGGAGGACGAGUUUGAGAAGCUCUGCCGCAGUGCUGUGGCCGAUGCGCGCGAGCGCUGCGGAGGCCGACGGCUCAUCGCUGCACUCAAGCCCUUGCUGGUGGACUUGGUGAAGAGGCGGCAGGGAAUAUCCUCCAUGCUCAACACACUCCGGAGUUGUGGCCUAGACAAGGUGGAGAAGAACUUGCUUCGAAAGCAUCUUCAGCCGAGGGACAUUCUCAUCGCGCUGACCUUCAGUAGCAUGGCGCCCGGCCCGUCGCAGGCGCGCAUGAUGACUCUGGCAGCGAAGACGGACUCUCCCCUGCCUUUGCUCUUUGGCUGGGCAGUUCCCGCCUCAGCGGACGGGGAGAGUGGACGGGGCCUCCAACUCUGCUCGCAAAUCCAGUGGGGAGCGUUGAGGGAGCUCUUCUGCAGCCCCUCCUAUCCCUUGGUGCUGUCUGUCGGGACGGGCCAAGCACUGGGCAAGUCGUACUUGCUGCAGUAUCUCUACGCACUGCAGGAGUGCCACUUCCGAGGUGCGGCACCGAAUCCGCUGCGGAUCCACACCAUGCCGUCUAUCGACCUCAUCGGUGACUUCGCACGGGAGGAAUGCACAAGAGGGGUGACUUUGGCAGACGUGCACGGCUUCGACGCUGGCAGCGACCUCUGCGAAGCCCUCACUGCGACCCUCUACGGUUUCGCCACCUCUACCUUGCUCCACUGCUCACUGAAG